UCUAUACACCGCUUUAUCCUCACUAGGGUCACGGGAGUGCUGGAGCCUAUCCCAGCUGACUUGGGCGAAGGCAGGGGACACCCUGGAGAGGUCGCCAGUCUGUCACAGGGCUACAUAUACAGACAAACAAUCACACUCACAUUCACACCUACGGACAAUUUAGAGUAACUUCAGCAUAUUUUUGGACUGUGGAAGGAAGCCGGAGUCCCCGGAGGAAACCCACAGGGAGAACAUGCAAACUCCAUGCAGAAAGAUCCCAGGCCUACCCCAGGAUUCGAACUGGGGAUCUUCUUGCUGCAAGGCGAGAGUGCUAACCACUAAUUCACUGUGCAGCGGGCCGCGGGCAGGAAUCGAACCCUCUGCGUCCGAGACCAGCCCCUGUACAUGAGUCGCCUGCUUAACCUGAUGAGCCAUACGGGCAUGAAAAAUGCUAUAAGAAUAAAGUCUCAUGGAUUGAGUGAUUGGUGUUCUAAUGAGUGUUUUGACGGGAAUAUAAUGCGGACAAUGUGUAGGACAAACUAAUGUCCUCACUGAGUUUUCUUUGACAUAGAUUCAGGAGCUGCUACCGUGCUGACCCACUGCUGGGCCCUGUAACGACCCCGAGCCGCAGCUUUGGCUUCCCCUGGCCUGCCUGUCGUUAUCUCUGCUCUGUGCCUUUACCCGCUCCUGGAGGAAACAGAUCUCCCAGACUGUGUUACACAGUCAGACAGACAGGCGGACAGACAGGCCGAGAAACAGACGAGAGACACCCCCGCAUAGUUUCCGUCAGCCGGGUGACGUCUCCGUCUCUCCGCCCGUGUGCAGUGUGACGUUACGGGUCUGUAGUGCAGCCUCUAGCUGCAUCUUGUUGACGGUCCGCCAGGCUUUUCCAGUACUGGGGAGACCUCGGGCGAGUGAGGACGACCGACACACAGCUUCCAGGCAAUGGAUCAGAACAUUGAAAACUUCAGUAACCAUCAUGCAUGUGUUUAACUACCAGAAGAUUUGUGUCAUUUGAAAAGACUUAAGGAGGAAAAAAGACUCAGAGGAAUACAAGAACUUGGUCAGCAGACAGAAACAGUAAAAACCUUGUGCUUAAGUAUGGCCAGCACCCAGACCAGUUUGAAGACCCCUUUCAAAGACUUGACCUCAUUCAAGGGCAACAUGAAGCGGCUGUUCAGAGAGCGACUGGAAGAUGCACCCAUCAAGAAGCGAGUGAUAGCGGAGAUCAACCUGAAGCGUCGCAGCUUGGAUUCCCUCCCCAAAACUCCCAAGGUAAAGAGAGAGCAGCCUGAGGAUUUCCACCAUGAAUCUGACAUGGAUGUGGAGGGCCGGGCUGAACUUCACAUGGUGGGCUCUGCUAAAGCCCUGGACCUGAGCCCUGGGCUCAAACAUACACUAGCCCAAUUCACCCUCAGCAGCCAGAGCUCCCUUGGGGGCCCGGCUGCCUUCUCAGCCCGCACAGGCCACGAGCAUUCUCCUGCUGGCAUGCCCCCCCUGCCCUCCCCUCCUGUUUUGGGAGGGGGCCCUCUGCUGGUUCCCUGUGACAGCUCCACUGAACUCACCCACUCUCUGCUGGAAGGAGAGUCCAUCUCCUGCUUUGUUGUUGGGGGUGAGAAGCGGCUCUGCCUGCCCCAGGUGCUCAACUCUGUGCUCCGUGACUUUUCACUACAGCAGAUCAACACUGUGUGUGAUGAGCUCUACGUCUACUGUUCACGUUGUGAUGCUGAGCAGCUGCACAUCCUCAAGGUGCUGGGCAUUCUGCCGUUCAAUGCACCUUCCUGUGGCCUCAUUACACUGACGGAUGCACAACGGCUGUGCAACUCUCUGCUGCGUCCUGGGGCAGCCUUGCCAGCCGACCCCAUUGGUAAGCUGUCGGCCCAGGGCCUGCUGAAGGAGAGUGAAGCCGCAUUCCAGGUGGAGCACCAGUGUUUGGGAAAGUGCCAUGGUCUCUUUGUGCCCCAGUUCUACACCCAGCCUGAGGCGCCCUGCAUCCAGUGUGUUGAAUGCCAGUUGCUCUUUUCACCACAGAAGUUUGUCAUGCAUUCACACAAGUCACCUGAUAAGCGGACCUGCCACUGGGGCUUUGACUCAGCCAAGUGGCCCUGCUACCUGCAGCUUGCCAGGAAGUAUCAGGGGACCCCCGAGGAGCCCAAGCUCAAGCAGCUGCUGGACGAGGUCAAAGAGAAGUUCCACUACCAGCUUAAGAGAUCGCUAGACAAAGCAGUAGAGGAGGAGGAGAGCCAAGUGAGGAAAUCCUCGGUAGAUCUCUGCUCCACUAGCGACAAGUUGGCUGAUGCCGACCCUGCAAGAAAGGGUAAAACAUCUCCACCUACUCUGGUGUUUAACCGUCUUUUCUCAGACAUCAAGGAGGAGCCAGGACACCCCACCCUGGUCCAUCCCAGUUACUACUUGUACACGUAUGACAAGAUGGUGGCUCCCAACGUAUCACUGCGGAGGGAGGCAGAGAUGAGCCCUGAGGUGCUUGGAGCGUUUCUCAAACACCACUACAGUCACAGAGUGCUGGGCCACGAUGAGCCACCACUGGAUCUUCAUGCGUCGCCUCCUGUCGCUGCUGGCGCCACCGAGGAGGCCAAAUCCCAACGUGCCACUGCUCCCUCGGCCACCGAACGGGAAUGCCAAACCCAGGCAGUUUCCAUGGAGACAAGCAGUCCUGGCUCCAAGAAAGCAACCCACAUCCCCGCCCACACCCCACCUCCUCCUCCUCCUCCUCCUCCCGCGUCGUUGUUGUCAUCGGUAACAGAGGUAGCAGCUAAGGACAUGAGCUCUGCCACGUGCAGCACUACAGUGGUGUUGGGGGGGCUGGAGGACGAUAAGGACAGGAUUGUUGUGGAGAUCAUGCAGAUGUACAGCAGGCAGCAGGAGAAGCUCAACUCUACCCUGCACAAGCAGCUGCAGCUGGAAAUGGAGCUGGAGGCAUUGCGUGGGGGCGAAGCGGCAAGGCUACGGGAGCUGAGCGCCGAGCAGCGGGAGCUGCGCAGCGAGCUGGAGGCGGUGCACAGUGAGCAGGCACGGCAGCUCAGCCAGGCCCGCCAGGAGCAGCUGGAGCUGGAAACUCGUCUGGAGCAGCUCCGACAGCAGGCCUGCGCCUGCGAGCCAGGGACACAACGCCAACAAGAGGCCCACUACACUGCACAGUUGUCGGAGCUACGUCAGAGACUGGAGCGGGCAGAGGCUGACCGGCAGGAGCUGCAGGAGGAGUUGCGCAGGGAGCGGGAGGCGCGAGAGAAGCUAGAGCGCACCAUCAUCCAGCUCAAACAGCAGAUGGCCCAGUCUGGCAUGAUGGGAGGCACCCCCUCUCCUCCUCCUACCCCGUUCCCCAACGCCCACUCCCCACCUUGUUCUUCCUCUAUCUCAGAGGCCCCCGCGACUGGCCAAAAGUAACCACCACCCCUCCAGGCGUUUCCCCCUCCCUCCCUCAUUCCUCUCCCCAUUACCCACCAACUCUGCUGGCACAAAUGAAUCAGCCUGAAGCAGCAAGGAGCACCACAUCUCUUCAGGCUGUUUUUAAGUUUCACAUCUCCCACCACGCCCACGCCCCUUUUUAUUUCGGUGUAGGACUGACAUUUGUUUUUGUAAUUUAACAUUUCUUAAAAACUUUUAUGCUAUCACAUUUAUUUUUGCUUCCCUCUCCUCUUCAAACAGUAUUUAAUUUUUUGGGGGCAUGUAUGUUUGAUUUAAUUUAUAAUUUUUACUGAACAAACAGCUGCUUCACAGACAGGAGGUUGGUCAACCAACUUAGCCCAUCACUAUUUUUCUCCCUUGGUAUUUCCCACCCUCCUCUCCCAUCUCUUCCUGCUCUCUGGUUUCUGGAGCAAAUGACUUGGAGAUUGCAGACUUCAGCCCAGACUCCUGUCUCAGCUCCCCACAGACAUUACUUCAUGCUACUACUUGGCACAGCAGCCGGCGACCCUGGUCACGUAAUGCGGCCUGGUUGCAGGCCUCCUUCGUCUUUCUGUACGUAAUGCCCAACCGCUCGAGUACCAGCGACUGCAGGAAACUGCAUGUACAUUUUAAAACAGUUUCUUUGCUUCUUUUAAAACACAGCAACAAAAGGAUAACAUGUUAAAAUGUCAAGUCUGUAUGGAGGAGAAAGAUCUUUAUUGUAUAAAACACAUUUUGCAGAUGUCAUAAAACCUCAUGAAAAAUAUGCCUGUAGUGACACUGAACUUGAAGUGAGUGACCCCAACAAGGUAGCUAGCUAGGAUGUUGUCUGGCCUGUACCACAGCUGCUCCUAACACAGACUGGUUUCCUCUUUGCUCUGCUGGGCAGCACCUGAAGUCCCCUAUUGUAGACCAAACAGUGUGUUGGUUGUACCACCUGCUGCCCAGUGUCUCCUCUAACCCGAAUAAGACCUCACACCUUCCAUGGCUGUACGCUGGCGCCAUUGCCCUCUGCUAGGAAACUCCUUAACACUGUGGUUUUCUCUCGAUUUGGGCUAGACAGGAAACACUGUGCUCUUUUCAGACUUGAAGAAGCUCACAAGCAGUGUUAUGCACUUAUUGCGGUCUCCUCCCCCAGAGUCCCUUGGGAAAGGAAUGUGUCUGGACAUUGAGGCCGGUUGAGAUGGUCUAGCCUUUCUAAGAAAUAAGAAAGACGGGGUCUCACAUGUGCAGUAGCUGCACUGUGUUGACAUAAUAUGACAUCCUAACAUGCCAGCACACACUCGAGUGUGUCAGUGUGGUGCUGGCAUUCAGAAAGAACAAUGGCACCAGCGUUCCCCGCAGAUGAUCAAAGCUACAGGCUGUCCCUGUUUUUCUGGGCUUUUUUUGUAUCAUUUGACUUCAUUGUUAGCAGACGGUUUUAUCCCCUCCAUGUUUGUCAGAGUGUCAUCGAAGAAUGUGGGUCGCAGGUGAAAGUAGUUAGUCCAGGGUGGUUUGCUUCCCGUUAUUCUGCCUGGCUGAACAAACAGCACCGGGCGGACAGGGAGAGGAAGAGAGGGGAGGAUUGAGGGGGUGCGCUCGGUGCGCUGGUGCACUCUCCCCCACGGCAGGCUGGGUGGCCUGGACGCCGGGGGUACCAAGGGAGCCCUUUUUGUUUUGUGCGUCAGAAUGGGGGCAGCUGUUGUUGUCUGGGGCCCUCUGCCCACCCUCGGGUGAGACUGUACAGAAUCCCUCAGCUCUCAACAACCUCCCUUCCUUCUCCUCUCCCAUAGUCACUCGCUAACACAUGCCCGUCCAUCCAUCCCCAUUUCCCCAUCAGCUGGGGGUGUGCAGUGUUUUGUAGAUGCCCGGGAGAGCGAGCAGACGUCCACCCGCAGGAAGACAGGACUUUUAUUGUGUUAGUUGAAAGGCAAAGUGCUUUUUAUUGCCACUAAGAAGAUCCCUGUAAGUGUGUGUGUGUGUGUGUGUGUGUGUGUGUGUGUGUGUGUGUGUGUGUGUGUGUGUGUGUGUGUGUGUGUGUGUGUGUGUGUGUGUGUGUGCGUGCGCAUGCCUGUGUGUGUGUGUGUGUGUGUGUGUGUGUGUGUGUGUGUGUGUGUGUGUGUGUGUGUGUGUGUGUGUGUGUGUGUGUGUGUGUGUGUGUGUGAAUAAUUGUGUGGGGAUCGGUCUCGGCUAAACUCUUAACUUUUUUUAUGCAUCUGCUAAAAAUGCAAAUUGAUAGACAUUCCACUGUGCUCCAUCCUGUUCAAUGCAGAUUUUCUUACACAGCUUCCCUUUACAGUAACAGACCUAAAGACCGGACAGAGUACAGUUUUGGUUUGUUGAUAGUCAUAAAUGCAGGUGCAGGUGCAAGCCAGUGAAAUCAAACCCAUGCCGCAAAUAUACACUCUACUGUUCCAUUUAAACCUUUAUUCAAAUUUUGAAAGAAAAUAUUUAACGUAUUAACUAAAGAUUUAUAUUCACUUUGUAAAUACAGUAGUCAUUAAUAUAUUAACUGUUCUUAUAUAAAUAAUCUUUAAAAGGUUAUCUAAUUUGGACCAGAACUAAAUGUUUUUGCUUUCUUUUAUAAAAAAAAAAUAAUCUUUGCAGAUAUCAGAACUUGGUGUUUGUUGAAUGGAUGUGGGGGAGUGAAACGCAUGGUUUACUGAGACAUGAUGCAGGACAGAGGCAACAUAGGAAAAUAAUACUUUGUUACACACUUCUCCCCUUUUCUGAACUGAUGCGAUUGUUUUUGUGGAUUUCAUCUUGGCAGACUGUUUAAUGUGUAAUGUAAGCUUUUUUUCCCUCUUUGUUAUACCCCUCUCCCUUAAGCUAAAUUGAAAAUUUGUUUAAGACAAUGCAUUUUGGGAAAAAAGAGAAAACGAACUAAAAAUGAUUUUAUUUUUUUUUUUGCAUGUUUUGCUGCCCCUUACAUUUUGUGUCACUGGGCCACGCUAUCAGUCUGUUUAUUGUAAGAGAAAAAAAGAAAAAGUUUUCCUCACAUACUGCACACACUACUGAGAUGGCUCAUCUGCAUGAAUAUUGAACAUGUGCAAGUUUUUUAUUCAUUAAUGGUUCACGGGUUGAUUAAAUAUUAUGUCAGAGUAAGAUUAUGAAGAAUAGAAAUUGUAGCCUACUUGAUUUGGAAUUGUGUGUACAUGCGUGUGUGUGUGUGUGUGUGUGUGUGUGUGUGUGUGUGUGUGUGUGUGUGUGUGUGUGUGUGUGUGUGUGUGUGUGUGUGUGUGUGUGUGUGUGUGUGUGUGUGUGUGUGUGUGUGUGUGUGUGUGUGUGUGUUGGCCUCCCAUGUCUGAAGCACAGCAGCUUUGAAAAGGGAAACCGAAAACUUGUCCAUUUAGCUCUGGAUCUGAUUUUCUGAUUUAAGUUCAUAUAUUAUCCUUGUCAGUUAUCACACAGAUAAUCAGUGUUAGUUUUUAUUCACUUAAUUUACCACUUUGACAGAAUAGAAAACUAAAAAUGUCCUUUUAAUUCAACACAUGAACAGGAAAUCUGUGCUUUUACUAUCCGAAUAGUUAGCAUUUUAUACACAAGGGGGCACUGUUUAGCUUCAUUAAUUAUACAUCAUAAUGAAGAAAGGACUCAAAUGAUCGGAGAGAAAAAUCUCUUGUAACACAGCGUGCUGGGCCUUUUUUGGAAUUUGCAGUGUUAUGAGAACUUGAAUAUGAAUUGUACAGAAUUUUUACAGGUGUGAAUUUUGCCCAACUGACUAAAACAAGGUGAGAAGAGCUGUUUGAAUGCAGAAUUACAUGAGAACAUUUGCCUCCUGGCUACGUGACGAAAACUGGUGAACAAGUCAGAGGUGACCUUUGAAGUGUUACAGGUGGCUCUGCUUUGUAGUUGGGUGUGUAAUUUCUUAGCCAGUAAUUAUUCUUAGAAGUAGAAAUGCAAUGGGGACAGAUCACACUGACCACUGGCUACGAAGAGUACCUUUUUUCCAUUUACACACAUCCUGUUAUAGAUGGGGGAAAAAAACAGUGGCUUUGGUAAAAAGAACCUUUUCCCCUCUGAUGCUGUUCUGAAACAUUAAACGCAGUGUCUGUGUAUGACCAUUGCAUACUAUGUUGCCAAUACUACAGUGUGAUGAGACUUUUGUUCUUGCAUGAAUUGAGACACUGUUCUCCUACCUCAUGUUGUGAUAUAAAAGAUGUUUUUAAGCAGAAGACACUGCAUCUCUGUUUAUCAUCGAUAUUUACUAGUAAAUGACAUACCUGUAAAUGCUUUUAGCUAAUACCUCAGUUGUAUCUAGUGUUUGUUUUUUUUCUGUUUUUGCCCUUCCCUGACUUCAGAUCUUGUAAAUAAACCUUGUAUAGACAAUGAACUUGGAUCAAAUUCAAGUAAAGUUCUGUAGUGUCAAAACCA